GGACCAUAUAAUCUACACCCAUGCUAUAUAUAUCAUGUCUGAGAAACUUUCAAGAUGUGAUAGGGAAACCAAUGGCUCUCAGAAAAUUGUCACAUGAACAAAUUACAGAAGCUUUUUCUUCUCUCUUUUUUCCGUCUCUUUUUUUCCUUCUAAGUCUGUUGAUUGUGUUUAAGUUUGCAUUUAGAAAAACCAAAUCCAAAACCAAUCUAAAUCAGCUUCCAUCUCCACCAAAACUACCGUUCAUUGGUAAUCUUCAUCAGCUAGGAACACUUCCACAUCGUUCUCUACGAGACCUGUCACUCAAAUAUGGAAACAUGAUGUUGUUGCAGUUAGGACAAAAACAAACUCCAACUCUAGUGAUUUCAUCCGGAGAAGUAGCCAUGGAAAUCAUGAAAAAUCAUGAUAUAGUGUUUUCAAACCGACCACAACUUACAGCUCCAAGAAUCUUGUUGUAUGGUUGUACGGAAGUUGGUUUUGCAAAUUAUGGAGAAAAUUGGAGACAGAAAAGAAAAAUAUGUGUUCUAGAACUUUUGAGUGUGAAAAGUGUAAAAUCAUUUCAUGCUAUUAGAGAAGGAGAAGUUGAAGAAAUGGUGAGUAAGCUACGUGAAGCUAGCUCGAAUAAUGCAUGUGUGAAUCUAAGUGAGAUGUUUGUUUCGGUAACAAACAAUAUUGUUUGUAAAAGUGCUCUUGGAAGGAAGUGUGAAGGAGAAGUGAAAGAGUUAGCAAGAAAGGUUAUGAUUUAUCUUACAACUUUUGUUGUUGGUGAUUACUUCCCUUCUUUGGGUUGGAUUGAUGUUCUUAGUGGGAAAAUUAAGGAAUUUAAGGACACUUUUGGAGCACUUGAUGAUUUGUUUGAUAAAGUGAUUGAGGAGCGUUUGGCUUUGAAGAAGAUUGAAAAUGAUCAAUUCAAGAAGAAAGGGUUUGUGGAUAUUCUUCUUCAAUUACAAGAGGAUGACAUGCUUGGCUUUGAACUCACCAAUAAUGAUGUUAAAGGAAUUUUAAUGGACAUGUUUGUUGGAGGAACUGACACAACAUCAGCAACAUUAGAAUGGACAAUUUCAGAGCUGGUGAGACAUCCAUCCACAAUGAAGAAAGCACAAGAAGAAGUAAGAAGAGUUGUAAGCAAUAAAUCAAAAGUUGAAGAAAGUGACAUAAAUCAAAUGCACUAUUUAAAAUGUGUAGUGAAAGAAAUUCUAAGGUUACGUCCUGUCACUCCUCUAAUGGCUCCUCGAGAAACAAUAUCAAAUGUGAAUCUAAAAGGGUAUGAUAUUCCUGAAAAAACAAUGGUGUAUGUAAACACUUGGGCUAUACAAAGAGACCCUAAAAAUUGGGAAAAUCCUGAAGAGUUUAUUCCAGAGAGAUUUGAACACAGCCAAGUUGAUUUUAGAGGGCAAGAUUUUCAGUUCAUUCCUUUUGGGUUUGGGAGAAGGGGGUGUCCUGGAAUGAAUUUUGGAAUCACUACUGUUGAAUAUAUACUUGCUAACCUUCUUUAUUGGUUUGACUGGGAAACAAAUUCAGGUAAACAAGAUAUAGAUAUGAGUGAAGUAUUUGGACUUGUUGUAUCAAUGAAAGAACCACUUCACCUUAAACCAAAAGCAUUUUCAUUUUAAUCUUCUUUCCAAAUGUUUUUGGUUUAAGUGACUAUAUAUUGUUGUAAUAAUUUAUGUAUAUUGGCUUUGUAAUAAGGUUAAAGGUGUUUGGGAAAUGUUUCCUAAAUAUCUCAUUUAUCUGUAUAUCUAUUAUACACCUAUUUUCCUUCAUAUUCAUAAUAAAAAUAAAGUAAUUGUUCUAUCA